UGUCACUAUUUGUCAAAAGUCAUAUCAGUAUUGAAACAUUUUGUUGCAAGUGAUUAGAUUUCAAAAUCUAAUAUUGUUUGUUGUGGUGGUAAUGGUGGCACUUUUCUUCCCAACAUUACUUUGAACAAAACUUGGCAAUUUUGUGAUCGAUCGACAUGGCAGCGGAGGCGGCAAUCUCAGCUGCGGUUGAACUGCUGGGCGAUCUGCUGAUCCAGAAGGUGAAAUUCCUGCGAGGCGUGGAGCGAAAGGUCGAGCUGCUCCAAGACGAGUUGAAGACGAUGCAAUCUUUUCUCAUAGACGCAAACAAAAAGCAAGCUGAAGAUGAGAGGGUGCGUGAUUGGAUAUCAAAGAUCAGAGAGGUGGCUCAAGACGCCCAAGAUGCCAUCGAAAUAUUCCAUCUCAAGAUUGAGAAUCCGACAAGUAUGGCGCUGCUGAAGAGAUGUACAAGCUUCCCGAAGCGUAUGUGCCACCUCCACGGAAUCGGGGAUGAGAUUGAGUCGAUCCGUGCUAGGCUUGACGCCAUCUACAGAAGCCGCGAGAUGUACGGGAUUAAGGAUCCCGGCGAGGCCACGGAGUCGGCGUGGAGAUUGCAAGUUGAGUCGCAGCGGCGGCUGUCGCCUUGGAGAAAAGACGAACACCUGGUGGGCAUGGAAGAUGAUGUGAAGAAGCUGCUGCGAGAAGCGGUUCUCGAUGGGCAUAAGGAAGGGCUUUCGAUUGCGGUUAUAGAGGGCAUGGGUGGCAUUGGAAAAUCAACACUUGCCCGUGAAAUACACAACCACCCCGACGUCGUUGCCGGUGGUCCAUUCGACUACCGUGGUUGGGUUGUGGUGUCGAGUGAAUUUACACCGCAAGAGACGAUCAAGCAGCUAAUUUUCCAGCUUCAAAAGUCUGAAAAAGAAAAACAAAAUCUACUUUACGAAAUGAAGAAAUUGGAGGAAGCGAUCAAGGAUAAGCUAAAGCUCCAGGAGGUGCUUAUACAAAUGGUUCACGUAGAAGAUGAAUCGGAUCCGGUUAAGGAAAUCGAGGAAUCUGAGUGGAUUGAAGAUAAGCUAUUUCAUCAAGAUUUGGUUAAAGAAAUGCUUCAUGAAAUGCUCAAGGGCAAAUCAUAUUUCAUAGUUCUGGAUGAUGUGUGGGAGAAGGAACAUCUGGAAUCUCUCUUGAGUGCUUUCCCAAAUGAAAAAGAUAAAACAAGUAGAUUAUUGGUUACUACUCGCAACAAAAUUAUUGGAAAGUAUACUCAAUAUGUGCACAAGAUGGAGAUUUUAGACUUGGAGGAGAGCUGGGAAUUGCUUUUGAAGAAGGCAAAUUUUGGUAGGACUAAUGGGAAAUGUCCAGAAGAAUUGGAGAGUAUAGGGAGACAAAUCAUGAAAAAAUGCCAUGGUCUACCAUUAGCAAUCAGCGUUGUAGGAGGCUUACUCAUGGAAACACAAACCAAGAGUGGCUGGGAACAAGUUCUUAACCAAAUAAACUCUUAUCUUGGAAGAGCUGAAAGCAGAGUAUCUGCGAUUUUGGAGUUGAGUUAUCAGAAUUUGUCUCCGCGGUUGAAGUCAUGCUUCUUGUGCCUAGCCUUUUUCAGGAAAGACUCUACCAUCUCAGCAAGAAGUUUAGUAAACAUAUGGGCUUCACAAGGAUUGAUCGAACGCGAUGGAAGUAGAACAAUUGAUGAGAUAGCAAGAGGUUAUUUAAACGAGCUGAUAGAUCGAAGCAUGGUUCAAAUUCAGGAUCUAACCAUCGACGAUCGAGUUAAAAAUUGUAGCCUCCAUGAUCUGGUUCGCGACUUAUGCUUAAGGAAAGCAAAGGAGGAAAUAGGGUUUGAGAUUGUAACUGGGGAGGAGGUUUCUACAUCUGGAUCAUCACCAUCAUCAUCAUCAUAUAAACCUCGACAUCGUGCUUUCUAUGGCGAAAAUAUCGAGACUCGCUCGUCGAAACAGGAUAAGCAUCUGCGCUCUCUUUUCCUACUUAAUGUCAAUGUUAAUGUUAAUGACAGUGUUUAUAUGACUACUCCAUCUUGUUACUGGAAGAGCUUCUCACUCCUUAAAACGCUCUACCUCGACCACUUCGUGUUCCGCAGAUUGCCUCGUUCUCUUCGGUUAAUGAUUGGAUUGAAGUACUUGGGAGUGCACAAGUCUUACACCGGUGACAGAGUGGAGCUCCCAAGCUGGUUGAAUCGCCUCAAGAACCUCGAGGUUCUAGACGUGAAGAACGAGUUCGUAGUGUUUCCAGACGUUGCGCUGGAAAUGGAAAGACUGCGUCACUUCCACGUACGUCAUGUCGACGGAAGGCCCAUGAAGAUAAAGAACUGGAGAAGCAUUGAGACUUUGCGACUUAUCAGGGUAGAGGAUUGGAUGAAAUGCAGCUCAAGACUAACGGCUGGUUGUCAUCUUCGCGAACUAGGAAUAUUCAUUAGAGAAAUCUGUGAAGGAGAUGAUGAGUUUAGGAGGUCUUUGGUAAAGAUGAAGAAUCUUGUGAAACUACACUUGAAAUUCAAUCGGUCGUUGUCUGUGAACUCAAUAGUUAUUCCCCAACUCGACAGUCUAGCUAACCUUAAACUGGAUGGUAAGAUCCUCAACUAUCCUGCUGCGACUGAGUUCCCUCCGAAUCUUUCGCACCUAACGCUCAAGUUUGCUGAGCCGAUUGAGGAUCCGAUGCCGGAGUUGGGCAAACUGCCAAAGCUGCAGUAUCUCAAGCUGUCUCUAUGGCUUAGUUCUCGGAGGAUGCAAGUGUUGAAAGGCGGUUUCCCCUGUCUCGAAGCGCUUGCCCUCAAAAGAAUGGAUGAACUGAGAGGUAUCGAUGUGGAAGAAGGUGGAAUGCCGCGCCUCAAACAACUCAGAAUCCGUGAUUGCCCCAAUCUGGAUGCUGACAAUCUGUUGGAACACAUCAAAUCGGCAGCAUGGCCUCAACGUAUAUAAUUAGUUUGCCUUUGUAUUAUAGUAAUAAAUGUUGUGUAUUUUUUUCAAUUAUUUGGGAAGGGGGAGCGGUGGAGUUUGAACGUUAAACCUACUCAUUAUUUACAGACAUGAGUUCGCAUUGUUU